AAGCAUACAUAAGUAUUUUUGAGAGAUAAACACAAUAUGAAACGAUUACUACAAUUGAACAAUCAUUUGCUGAGUAUAUCAAAUGGCAAUGAUUAUGCUCGUUUUAUUAUUAUAAACUAGUUAUUUCACUUCUUCUCGGAAAAUAUUGUCAUAUUUUUUUCUUUUUUAAGUUGGUUAAGUUGGUUUGGCUGAGUCAUCAGUUUAUUUUUUUAAUUUAUUUUUUCUUGUAAUUUUUAGUUUCUUUCCCAAGUUGUGUGUUUGUUUUUUAUCCUGUGUUUUAAAGCGUAUUUAUUUUCUUUCAUAGUUUUUUUCAUAGUUUGUUUACUUUGUACACAUUUUUGCUUGAGUAUAUUUUCACUCUAUGAACUAUUUAUUUCUAACAAAUUUAUGUAAAGGUUUUUACUUGCUAGCAAUUGUUACUUUAGUCCUUUUUAGAGCUUAAAGACAAAAUAAAAAAGCAAAAGAUUUUAUUGGAUAGUUUGCAACAUUCUCAUUUAUAAACGUUAGCACAAGAUAUUGAAAGAAGACAAAGUCAUCAUGGUAGUUAUUCAAAAAACACUUUUGCUUUUAAUGUUGGUUGGUUCUGUGCAAGUGUCUAUUCAGUCAUCAUGCGAAAUGGAAUUUUAUGAGCAAGAGGUGAAUGGAAUAAUAUACUGCCAUAAAAAAUGCCCCAUAUGCGAUCCUGGAUUCGAACCCAUAACUCCUUGUUUUGGUGUUAUCCACAAACUGAACAUUACAAUUGGAUGUCAACCGUGUAAGGACGAUAUGUACAAAGAAGGAAAUGGGAGCCACUCGUGUCGGACAUGUGAUCAUACUUGUCCAGGAAACCUUGUUCUUACAACAUCUUGCAAUUCCACUACGGCACGGAGAUGCGACUGUAAACCCGGGAACUUUUUUUACCAGUCACUUGGUUGUGUGUCCUGUUGUGAGAAAUUGUCACUACUUCCACAUGAAAAAGACAAAUGUAAAGAUUUUAUACAGACGUGUCGCACAGACAUUCCAAUGCCACAUCUGUCAACUACACAUCUCACAAGUACACUAGAGUUGCCAUCACCAGCUACCACAAGCAACCCAUCAACAUCUAAUACAGCCCUUCAUACAACAACUGAUUCAGGUCCUUCUCCAACUCAUCCUUUUACAACCAUUCUUUCCUCCAAAAAUGUACCAACAAAGAAGAAGAAGAAGGAGAAGGAUGAUAUAACCUUUUUAAUCGUCAUAGGAAUACUUGUAUUAUUUAAAGUUGUUUUGCUCUUGGGGCUCUUGAUUUGUAUUUAUAAAAGACGAGUGAGGAAAUCAAAAAAACAAGAUCAGAUAAACUUAAUUGAACUCGGACACGUACCUGCAACAAACGAAUCUUAUGCAAACACUGUUUCAGACGUUGGUGAGCCUAUUGCACCAUUACUUCCAUUAGUUGAGAGUAGAGAGCAACCAAUCGCAAGACUACCGUCGGUAUCUGCAGAUUCAUCAAUGCAGUACCAAGACAGUGGCCAAUACGUCACGUUAAAAGAUAUUCGAAAAGAUAAUGACAACUGGUCACGUGCUGGUGAAAGAAGGAAAGAUUGGGGAACAGAUGACAGUGCUAUGACGGAUGAUGACUCGUUGAGUACCACUUCAUUGGUAGAAGUGCACCAAGCGGAAAUAAAAAACAAUAAUACAGAUUUUUUACCCGUGCCAUCUCUACCCAUGCUUACUUCUCCCCUUAUUCAGAUUAAUUCGCCAGUUAUUAACAUAAAUUACAAUGCAAGUAAUCCGCCAUGUGCUUAUAAGAAGGACGAGAUUUCCAAAUCCGGCCUAAACAAACUUGCUGAACCACAUCUAAACAAUGAAGAGUUGCGAUUGACCAUACGAAAAAAAUUGGUGGAGGCAAAUCCAUCUUGCGAUUGCGGCAAAGACUUUCCAGACUGCAAUUUGUUCUCCAAUCCGGACGUUCCGUCAACAAAUGAUUUGGUAACUCUUGCGGAAAAAAACCAAAGUGAAGAGCAAAUGGAUGGAUUAACAAGCAGCUUCCAAAGUUUGGUGCUUCCUGAUUCAUUUCACAAGCCCAAAGAUUUCCGGACGUUGUUGAGACAAAUCAGUACAAAUAUACCAGAAUUUACCAUCAGAAGUUUUGUGUACUGGUUUAGAUUGGAAGGACGGAAUGACGUUAUAACUUCGUUUCAUAACAAGUACCAUGUAAGCCACGAGGAUGGCUAGACUGGUUUACAUAGUACUUUAACGCAUUUACUUUAACAGUAAUUUCUGGUUACCUAAAUGCCUCUUGCACAAUAGACCGCACACAUGGGCAGUUUAGCUGGACAGAGAAUUUGUGUCGGGUUUAUUGUGGAAUUGCCGUUAAAAGUAGAUAGCUAAUUAUAUGGAAAAAAAUUUAUCCCCCUUUUCUAAAGUGGGCUGGAAUUUUGCAUAGGAAAUGUAAUUUCCAUAAUGGCUUUUGUAUAUUAAAGCACAUCUAAUUUUUUGCUAAAAUUUUUUUUGUAUUAUUUUAAAUAUCUUAGUUUGUGCCAAAGAGAUAGACAAUAUUACAUUUU